AUGCCUGCAAGUCAAACAUCCGUGGAGUGCGCCUCCGUAGGCGACGAUAUCAUCAAGGAGGACAUCAUCCAGACCGAGAUGGAGGAAUCCGGCAAUGGUCUGGAGCAGGUCAUCCCCAAGCCAGAAAGCAUUCGCGACAUGUCCCCCGAGGAAUUGCAGAGACUCGAAACCCGGAUGGUGCGCAAAGUCGACAUGGUCAUCAUGCCAAUCAUGGGCGUGCUAUACCUGCUCAACUACGUCGAUCGAUCUGCGCUGGCAUCGGCCAAGGUCUACGGUAUCAUGACCGACUUGAACAUGACUACCAAUGACUUUGCGUCUGCGAUCUCCAUCCUUUUCGCUGGUUAUAUCCCCUUUCAGAUCCCGUCAAAUCUGCUCAUGAGUAAGAUUUCUCGUCCUGGAUUUUAUAUUUGUGCUGCUGCCACUGUUUGGGGUGUUGUCAGUGGCUGUACGGGUGCUGUUCAAUCGUAUCAUGGCCUUUUGGCGGUUCGGGUGCUGCUGGGGGCUACCGAGGCUGUAUUCUUCCCUGGUGUCAUCUAUCUCAUGAGUGCGUGGUACACGAAGAAAGAACUGGGAAAGAGACUGGGAGCAUUGUUCAUUUUCCAAUCUAUUGGAAGUGCUUUUGGAGGAUUCAUUGCUGCGGCGUGUCUGACCCUGGAUGGACGCUAUGGUAUCGCUGGCUGGAGAUGGUUAUUCAUCGUUGAAGGAGCUACAACAGUGGGCUGUGGUCUCGUAUCAGCCAUGUUCAUGCCCGAAUACCCGCACAAAGCGCGACUCCUCAAACCCAUUGAGCGCGACUAUGCCGUUUGGCGCCUGGAAAUGGAGGCCGGUGCCGGUGAAGCCAAUGACGAAAUCACCGUCUGGAAGGGAUUCAAGAUGGCGUUCUCGGACCCUAAGAUUUGGGCUUUGGUGUGGUGUAUGGGUAUGAGUCAGGCAAUGGGCUCGACUGGAAAUUUCUUCCCGACUCUUGUUCAAACAUUGGGCUAUAAUAAAAACAUCACUCUCCUGCUCACUGCUCCGCCCUACGUCGUUGCAGCCAUCGCAAGUUGGGGAGCCGCCUAUAUCAGCGAUCACAUGAACAUAAUCCUCCCCAUCUUUCUCGUCAGCCUCGGCCUCGCAGUACUCGCCUAUGUAAUCUGUCUCGCCACCCUGACCCUCGGCGCACGCUACUUCGCCAUGAUGCUAAUGCCCUCCGUCAUCGCCUGUCCGCAGGCCAUGCUAUUCAAGACACUCAACAUUCACAUGGCUCGUCCAUACCCAAAACGUGCCGCUGGCGUUGCAAUGAUAAACGCCAUUGGCGGUAUUUCGAAUGUGUGGGCUAGUUAUUUGUAUUACGACGGGCCGCAUUAUUAUGCUGCUUUUGCUUGCACAAUCGGCUGCGCUGUUUCGUUUCUCGUUACGCUCGUAGUAUACACCUGGCACGUUCGUCGGUUGAAUAGACUUCUUGGAGGAACCCCUGAGGAGCAGCGUCGGGCCAUGAAGCAUGGCGUCACUCAGCAACAGAUUGACUUGGGUUGGCGAUUCUUGGGUUUCUGA